CAUAGCAACCAAAGCUGCAGCGACAACGAGCGACAGACCGCGGUGCAAGUGUUUUCUCUUUUGGUGUUUGAACUGUCGACAGCACCAACAUGUUGAAAGAGUUAGUAAGGGAGCGACUCAUUGCGGCCGCCGACGAAAUCUUCGGGCUGUUUGAGAAAACGAUAGCGUCGUACGAGGAGCAACUUUGUCGAGCGAGGGAGGAGAGCGAGCGACACCGACGACAACUGGAAGCUGUUUGCAAGACUCAAAUUGUGAUACACGUCGAAGACCUCGAACAGCUUAUUGGUCACCAGGGAGAACUUCCACCUCAGCCACCAGGAGGAAGCCCCAAUUUGGAGCGAGAUGAUUCCCAGCUCCCUAAUAUUAAAGAGGAAGCGGAUGAUCAACAGCUCCCCCCUGUUAAGCAGGAUGAGGAGGAGGCUGACAUCAGUAAGUUUCCGUUGACUGGUGUCUCUGUGGAGAGUAAAGAGGAUGAAAACGAACCAGCCGAGUUAUCACAACUUCCCCAUCACAGUCCAAGUGGUGAUCACUGUGGAGGAGCAACACCAGACAACCUCUUUGCUCCUCUGUCAGACAGUGACAAAAAGGGAGCGCCUUUGAGAAGUGACGGAGACUGUGAAAGUGACAAUCAACAGUCAAAAUGCUCUGAAAAGAACAGAAGUCGCUUCAAGAAACCUCAAACACACACGAGAGCAGACAGACGAGAAACCCUUUUCAGGAGCUCAUGUAGCAAAGCAUUCUGUCAGAAGCAAAGUGUGGUAUCACACAUGAGAAAACACACGGGAGAAAAGCGCUUUUGUUGCUCAACUUGUGGUAAAAGUUUUACUCGAAAGCAAGGCAUGGUUACACACAUGAGAGUGCAUUCUGGAGAAAAACCCUUUAGUUGCUUAACUUGUGGUAAAACAUUCUCUUACAAGGAAAACUUGGUAACACACAUAAGAACACACACUGGAGAAAAACCCUUCAAUUGCUCAACUUGUGGUAAAACAUUCCCUCAAAAGACAGGUCUGGUAUAUCACAUAAGAACACACACGGGAGAAAAACCCUUUAGUUGCUCAACUUGCGGUAAAACAUUCUCUCAAAAGCAAAACAUGGUAUCACACAUGAGAACACACACGGGUGAAAAACCCUUCAGUUGCUCAACUUGCGGUAAAACAUUCUCUCAAAAGCAAAACUUGGCACCACACAUGAGAACACACAAGGGCGAAAAACUCUUUAGUUGCUCAACUUGUGGUAAAAGUUUUACUCAGAAACAUAACAUGGUAACACACAUGAGAACACACACAGGAGAAAAUCCAAAUGAAGGGGGCAUAAAUGCUUUUCAGUAGUACCACGUAAUAUCCCAACAUUAGAAACAUUUCAAAUUUCAUUCAACUUAAUUCUUCCAAAGAGCUGUAAUUGCUUUUUGUGUGUGCUGUACACUACAAAUCAUUGUCGCCUUUGUCAUACUCCACAACUAAUUCAUCUUACCGUAAUCAUCUUCACUCAAUUUUUGUAUCUUCACUGGUAAUGAUUUGCUCCUGUGUUUGUUUUUCUGCUGAGACCUUCACCUGCGAAAUGAUAAGCUUUUGUGUGUGUAUCACUGUCCAACUACUGUGUAAGAAAUGCAUGUCCCACCUUAAAGGGCCUAUUUGAUCAUGGGCACUCAUUCCAAAGUUCUGGACUUACAAAUGACGUUUGCAGAAAAAAAUACCCCCUCCCCCCAAAAGACUCUUGUAAUUUUAGGCUUGUUUUCUGAUGAAAUAUUUGAUUUCGGCGGGAUUUUCGCACGUCCGCUUUUUGGACACAUCAGCCUAUAUCACGGCCUGACAAGUUGAUGGCAGAUGGUGCAAAUAUUUUCUCCUUGAAUUAAUCUGUGUUCUGCAUAUGUACAUUUUUGCCUAUAUUGAUGUUUUUGGAUGAUGUUUUUGUUUUUUUGUUUUUUUUGACAAUGAUUGCAAAUAGCGAUGUGGAACAUGUUGAAAGGCUUUUUUAUUUUUUAUUUAUUUAUUUAUUUAGUUAUAUAUAUUUUUUUUUAUUACGCGGUGACAUGGCCCUUUCAGGAAAGAUAGCCAUGUCAUCCCACAUGAAUUCUUGCAGAUUCAUUUCUGCAUAUGUUAGGUCAAUUUUGUAUUAAUUGCAUCACAAAUACAUACAAAAAAACAUUUGAAAAGAGUUACCAUGGAUGACAAAGGCAUUUUUGUAUGGUGGUAUUCUGUCACAGACGUGGACUUUGGCAGGCUGUCAUAACUGGAUCACCUGGCCAAAAGCAUUAUAUCACUUAGUGUCUCAAAACUGUCACCUUUGGUAACCAAAAUGUAUGUGUACAACCUACACUGGGUACGGAAACUAUUCAGACCCCCUUAAAUUUUUCGCUCUUUGUUUUAUUGCAGCCAUUUGCUAAAAUCAUGUAAGGUAAUUUUUUCCCCUCAUUAAUGUACACACUUAUGUAGACAGGUGUGUGGCUUUCCUAAUCAAGUCCGAACAGUACAAUCAAACACAGCAGGACUUCAAUGAAGAUAUAGAACCAUCUCAAGGAUGAUCAGAAGAAAUGGACAGCGCCCGAGUUAAAUAUGAUGUCACAGUCAAGGGUCUGAAUACUUACGGGUGUGUGAUAUUUCAGUUUUUCUUGUUUAAUAAAUCUGCAAACAUUUAAAACAUAGUUUUUUUCUGUCAACAUUGGGUGCUUUGUGUACAUUAAUAAGGAAAAAAAAUAACUUAACUGAUUUUAGCGAAUAGCUGCAAUAUCGGUCUUCAGUUCUGCCACUGACGUCCUACCACGAUGUGAGGGCCGUGUCAAUUUUAACGAUGAAACAAGACUCGUUCCAAAGGCAAUUAUUGUUAUUUCCCGCUUGCUCCAAAAUGGUUUAUUAUUGGAAGUGACUGCCAGUUUCAUUUUCAUUUUAAUUAUACAUAUAAAUCAAAUGAUUUAUAUGUAUUAUUUGCUCAAGAAAAUUAGUUAGUGAAAUACUGACAAUAUUUUCACUCUCGCUGGUACUGCAAUCGUUACAGCACCUUGAGAGUAACCAACUACGAAAAGAAAAUAAGUGUGUGUCAAGAGGGAAAAUAGAACUCUGAGGUUUUUUUAAAUUAUAUUACUUUAUUGUAGUUUACAAUACAACAGUGAAUGUCCAGUUUUCUUUUACGUGUUGUGUAAUUUGAUAUAUUUUCAACUUCUGUUAAGUUUAUUCUAAAACUAGUAAUUUAUCUUUGUGUCAUUAUGUUUGAAGACUGCUUGUGUGGAGAAAUGGGCCAAAAUAACACCAGAGUAAUGCAAGCGACUAGUUUCUCCAUACAGGAGGCAUCUUGAAGCUGUCAUUGCAAACAAAGGCUUUUGUACAAAGUAUUAAAUAAAUACCAGUUGGUGUGUUCAAUACUUUUUCCCUGUCAUUGCACAUUAUUACAAUUUAAUUUCUGAGAUUAUUUGUUCUACUUUCUUUGUAUGUUUUCUCCCUCAUUAAUGUAUACACAACACCCUAUAUUGACAGAAAAAGAAAUGAAUUUUUGAAAUCUUUGCAGCUUUAUUAGAAAAGAAAAACUGAAAUAUCACAGCCAUUUGCUAAAAUGGUGUGCAAUAUAACGGAGUGAAACAUUUAAGGGGCUCUGAAUACUUUCCGUACCCACUGUGUGUGUGUAUAUAUACAGGGUGAUUGAAAAGUAACUCCCGAUUCUUAAGUACUUGUAAUUUAUAGCUAGCAAUGAUUUUUAGCAGAUAGGCUCUUGUCGCCGAUGUAACGUGUGCCUCGCAGUUCCGCUGGGACCACCACUAGUACACAAUGAAAUAAUUACUCAAGUACGGAGUAAACGGUGAGUAACUGAUUUUUUUUUUUUAACCACAGCAUGAACAUCAAUUUAUAAAAAAAAAAAAAAAAAGGUGAAUGUGCAAAUUCUAAUGUUACUGUGUGUGUGUGUGUGUGUGUGUGUGUGUAUGCACAGCCAAAACUACAACAAAUAAUCUGCAAUUUACUGCAGAGUGUUUUCCCAAAUUGUAAAUGGGCUGGAAUAUCCACGUUUGGGCAGACAGUGCCAGACAAAUACUACAAGACAAGAAAGCUGUUGUUUUUGUUCGUCUAAAUGUAAACACGAGUAACGUGUCGUUGCCUUCAUGGUAACAACGACCUUCCCAACAUUGUGGCCACGUAGGCACGACGAUCAGCUGGGCUGGUAUAUCUUGGGUUAAUAUCUAUGCCCGGGUAGCCCAAUAGAAGAGGUUGUGUGAGGUCAUGUGACUUUCUUUGAUUGGAGAACUAGACUAAAUGUCACUACCGCUUACAUUGGAUUGGAGCAAACAGCGUCCAAUGCGGAAGUCGCAGUCUCGCGCACGAAAUAGUUGAAAAGCAAUAAUUGAUAAAUAAAAGUAGCGAGCGACAUUUCGAUCAUUGUAACGGAGUAAAAGUACUGUUACUUCUUAACAGCAGAAGCGAUUUUUCUGGUCUCGUCAACUCCUGUGUUGUGUUGGACAGUACGAUUUGAACUGCCAGAACCAAGAUUGAAACAAGUUCAUUCUCAUAAUUAAUCACUGCUUGAGACAGUUUCAGAGUUGGGAACUGUUUUGAAUACUGUGGAUGAAUACCGCUCGCGAUUAGGGUGCACCUGCAUAAUUAAAAAAAUUAAGAGAAGAAAUGCAGUGGCGUGAUCUCUUUCGCCCACGAUUCAGAGGGAUAAAGGCAGACCCUUUUUUUUUGUUUUUUGUUUGUUAGUUUCUUGCUCUUGCUGGCUCUGGUGUUUCACUCUGGCUCCUGCCUGACCCCUCCCGGGUGUUGCCAGCCAACCCAACGGGUGGAAGGUUACGAGUGCAACUCCCCGCAUCCUCGUGACCACCAAUUUUCAUUUUUGGGUCCUCUCCCAUUUGUCCGAAUUUUCUUCAUCUUUCCCCCGACUAUUCGACUGCCUGGUUCCCGCCUGAGACUACUGAAAACGAACACCUCCCAGUCGGUGACCCUGUGGUCCACUAAUAUUUGUUUUGUAGCAAAGGUUUUCCUACAAACUGAGCAGGUUCUUCUGCUUCCGCACUGUCUGACAGUGGACCUAAGAGAUGGUCUGAAGGUGGUCCUCCAUCGUGGUCUCCAUUUGGACUGUGACUAUGAAACUGUGACCACUCCGGUUUCUGGUCUUCGUCUUCGUUUUUCACAAAGACACCAGUCAGAAGCAAGUUGCUCACAUCAGUCUCCUCCUCCUCCUCCUUAAUUGAACAAGUCCUCCCUGAUUCUACUUCUUGAAGCUCUCCACCAUCGACAGUGAAUCUGUGCGUCUGUGUUCUGAGCUUCCCCGAUGUGACCUAGUAUUGGUGCGUAUACUGUACGCUGCUGAAUAUGGGUGAUAAAGACACCACAUUCAUUCUGUCAACUAAUGUUGGAUGUGUGGAUGGUGACCCCCUAGAUGUAAAAAAAAAUAAUUUCAGUGUGAGCACAGUGGCCUCCAUAAUCCUUAAAUGGAAGACGUUUGGGACGACCAGAACCCUUCGUAGAGCUGGCCGUCCGGCCAAACUGAGUAAUUAGGGGAGAAGAGCCAAGGUGAGAGAGGUAAAGAAGAACCCAAAUAUCACUGUGGCUGAGCUCCAGAGAUGCAAUUGGGAGAUGGGAGAAAGUUCUAGAAAGUCAACCAUUGCUGCAGCCCUCCACCAGUCGGGGCUUUACGGCAGAGUGGCCCGACGGAAGCCUCUCCUCAGUGCAAGACACAUAAAAGCCCGCAUGGAGUUAGCUAAAAAAACACCUGAAGGACUCCAAGGUGGUGAGAAAUAAGAUUCUCUGUUCUGAUGAGACCAAGAUAAAAAUUGUUGGCCUUAAUUCUAAGUAGCAUGUGUGGAGAAAACCAGGCAAUGCUCAUCACCUGUCCAAUACAGUCCCAACAGUGAAGCAUGGUGGUGGCAGCAUCAUAGCAUCAUGCUGUGGGGGUUUUUCAGCUGCAGGGACAGGGCGACUGGUUGCAAUCGAAGGAAAGAUGAAUGCGGCCACGUACAGGGAUAUCCCGGACGAAAACCUUCUCCAGAGUGCUCAGAACCUCAGACUGGGCCGAAGGUUCACCUUCCAAGAAGACAAUGACCCUAAGCACACUGCUAAAAUAACAAAGGAGUGGCUUUAGAACAACUCUGUGACUGUUCUUGAAUGGCCCAGCCAGAGCCCUGACUUCAACCCAAUUGAGAAUCUCUGGAGAGACCUGAAAAUGGCUGCCCGCCGACGUUCACCAUCCAACCUGACAGAACUGGAGACGAUCUGCAAGUAGGAAUGGCAGAUGAUCCUCAAAUCCAGGUGUGAAGAACUUGUUG